GUAUAUGAUCUGUAUAAUUAUGUAUAAUUAUCUAGGUUCCAAGUUAUUACUACUUACAACUCUGAGCCAGUGUUCUUAUAGAUGCCUUGACAUUUUAUUAGCAGAAAUAAAACAAGAGUGGCAAGCCUACGUAUAUAGCUAUAUUGGAGAAGUGAUUCUUUGUUCGAUAUGGCAGCAAUGGAAAGCAUGCAAAGAAAUGUUAGAGGAAGAAAUGGCUCUUUAAUUGUCAGUUACAUGCAGUGUUAGAUACAAAGAAACUGUUGAAGGAAGAAAUGGCUCUUUAAUUAUCAGUUACAGUGCUACAAAGAAACUCUGUUGAAGGAAGAAAUGGCUCUUUAAUUGUCAGUUACAGUGUUACAAAGAAACUCUGUUGAAGGAAGAAAUGGCUCUUUAAUUGUCAGUUACAGGAAACUGUUGAGGGAAGAAAUGGCUCUUUAAUUGUCAGUUACAGUGUUACGAAGAAACUAUUGAAGGAAGAAAUGGCUCUUUAAUUAUCAGUUACAGUGUUACAAAGAAACUCUGUUGAAGGAAGAAAUGGCUCUUUAAUUAUCAGUUACAGUAUUACAAAGAAACUCUGUUGAAGGAAGAAAUGGCUCUUUAAUUGUCAGUUACAGGAAACUGUUGGGGGAAGAAAUGGCUCUUUAAUUGUCAGUUACAGUGUUACAAAGAAACUCUGUUGAAGGAAGAAAUGGCUCUUUAAUUGUCAGUUUAAACAGGUAAAUGACACAAUGUGUGAAAUCACAGUAGGUGUCGCUGACUGUCAAUUUUAACUAACAUCUGCCAAUUGGUUGAAUAUGCAUGACGUCAGAAGUUCAGCUCCUAUAUAUUGGCUAGCUUGACUGAUCAUUCUAGCCCUUCUUACAGGACUUCAAAAUAACUUUGGAAAAACUUGAGAACUUCGAGAUACCGAAAAUUUUGGAUAAAAGAUCUCCUUUGAGCCUGAAAACAAUUCGAAUUAGUGAUCUCACCCACUGUGUGUCUGUCAUUCAGUGGGUGCUCCACAGCGACUUUGCUUCAAAGCAAUAAUAUCCGCCAUAUCAAGUGAUCAGCUAUGGGAAGCAACCCUUCAGAAUACAAUGGCGUUAACUGUUCUAUAUGUGGGCGAAGGUUACCCCCCUGCAAAGAUUGGAGUGGCUUUAGACUGCAAACCAUUGACCGCCUGGUUCGAGUAGACCAAGUCUAUGUAUUCCUGUGGGGCCAAUACUACCGAAUCAAGGGCCGACCAUCUUAUUAUUGCCCAACAGACUUUUGGAAACCCAAAAUUGACUACAUACAGCAGCAACAGCAGGAGAGACUUGAAGAAGCCGAAAGACGUCGAGAAGAGAUGGAGAGGAUAUUUAGAGAACAACAGGAAAGAUUAGAGAGAGCGAGACAGGCUGAGGAAGAAAGAAGACGUUUACAAAUACAACGACAAUUGGAGGAAUAUAGAAGACGUCAACGAGAGGCUCUAGAGGAGAAAGAAAGGCAGAUGGCUCUAAUGCUAAAAGAGGAGGAAACUAGACAAGCACUAGAGAGUGUAGCCGCUGAAACUGGAGAGGACAGAGUCACAACCGAUGUGCAGGUGAUGACAUCAGUGUACAAUCCGUUUUUAGCCGGUGAGACCUCUCAAGUCGAAGUACAAGCAGUACAGACACGAUACAAUGAGAACAUUCCCGAUGAUGCAACUUUUCUUGAGAGUGAAACAGUCCAAGAAAUAGAUACCGUCACCUCUGAUCUUGUCGAAUCAGUGCAAUUCUCCAUCACACAGCUUUACGAAGAAGGGGGUGAGCUUAGUGGGUGGUGGUUGAAGGCGGCACAAACGCUCUUGCUCACCCAUUACAUUCAGUCCAACAGUUUUCCUACUGCAGAAAAGGAUCUACUUCUCGACUCGCUAGCCAUCCUCCAGACAGACUUGGGAGACACCGAUUGUCUCUCUCUUGCAGACUCUUUCUCCUUUCUUGUCAAUAUACGACCCAUCGACAUUGAAACAACUUUCACGGUUGAGGAUUCCCUCCCCUUGACAGCAAAAGUGGCCACCCUUCUACUGCAAGCGGCCAAACACAUCAAGGAUACCAACCUCUGGAUGCAGCGCUGUCUAUACACAUACGUGACAGCCAACAGUGACGUCGACAACGGAAUGAUGCAGAAAAUGUACCUGGAGGCGUUUUGCAAGGAUUGGUCUGGCCACAACUUCCUGAGGUUUUUCAAUUCGUGUAAAGAGCUAUUACCAGACGAAAUUCACAAAAAAACCUUGCACUUGAUUAAGACGUACUGUGUACGACCUAAAGUGGUCAUGGCCGCAUUGGAUAGCCAGCCUCAUAAUGUGCUAUCAGUCGUGAAGACAGCCAUUAAGAGUGAAGAUCAUCAAUCUCUAGUGGAUAUAAUCUAUGACAUUCGAGCAUCAAAACUUGUUAAGGACAAUUUUUUUUUGAACUCCAUUGAAACCAUUGCUGUGAAAGUGUAUGAAUUACUUGGCACUUUCAACCUCGAACUCGAUUACGACCAUAAUCUCCAGUCAUCUUUAACAAAAAGCCAAACAAUUUUUCAAUCAAUCGGUAGCCUCAGCGUAGGAGUAAGUUUUGACGACCUGGCUGCAGCCAUGGUCACCUUAUACUGUGCCUGCCAAAAAUUCAAGGGAUGGUCUCCUCGCAGAACACAACUUGUCUCACUCUUGCACCUAGUUUUUGCUGGUCGAAAUAGCUUCAACUUACUUCUCGAGAUAAUGACUGGUGAAGGAAAGUCUGUGGUUGUGGUACUGUAUGCUAUAAUCCUUGCACACCAGAACAAGCAUGUCGAUGUGGUAACAAGCUCUCCAAUUUUGGCAGUGCGAGAUGUGGAGGAAUGGGAAGAGGUCUUCCAAUACUUUGGGGUGACUGUUACACACAACACGGACCUCAACAGAGCUGAAGAUGCUGACAUGGAUGUUGUGAAGACCGAAUGCUACAAGAAGCAAGUCGUCUACGGCACAGUAGGGAAUUUUGCAGGGGACAUUCUCCGUCAAGAAUUCGAGCAAAAGAAGAUCAGAGAAGGUCGACGCUCUGAUGCCAUCAUUGUCGACGAAGUGGAUAUGCUAAUGCUGGAUAAAGGUGUUCAAUUCACGUACCUCUCCCACAAUGCAGCCAUUUUGCAGCACAUUGAGCCAGUGAUAGCUGCCGUAUGGGGCAUGAUUGGACCACUGAAUCUUACCAGGACCACUGAAGGAGAAAUCUUGUAUGCUGGAAGCCCCAACCUAUUCACUCAAGCCAUUUAUGCAUGUCUUGACCCAGAAAUUUCUCUUGUGCAAUCUCACGAACAGAUCCUGUUAGUUGCACAGAACUUGGGAAUUUUUACUGAGAAUCAGUACACAGCUUUACUGCAGGACGACCAAGAAGCUAAGAAGAUAACUAUUUCAGAGUUUACAAUCGAUCAAACCCUUGCGUUGAUUUCUGGCCUGGCUGAUUACGAAAACAUGCCCGAGUUUAAGGCUUACAUUAUAAAUAGUGAGGGGGCAUUGGAGGCCGUUACUACAGUUGAAGACAACUCAUCUGCCGAGAAACUCCUAAUGCUUGGGAAUGGUCUGGCUUGCAUACUCAAUACUGAUGAUGAAAUCAUCGACAGAGGCACAGAAAUCAUGAAAACCAAGAUAAAUUUUUCAGACACAGAAAGUGACGAAGCCAUCAGACUACCAAAACACUUGCAAGAGUUUGUUGCAAACCAACUCCCUGUCUAUGUAGAGAAUGCCCUGCGUGCCCUUCAUAUGGAAGAAGACAGAGAAUAUGCUAUCAUGAAAGGCAGGAUAAUUCCAGUCGAUUUCCAAAACAGUGGAGUUAUGGAGCUUAAUAAGAAAUGGGGAGGGGGGCUACAGCAGAUGCUCGAGAUGAAACACUUUUUAUCGAUGACUCCCAUCUCUCUAGUGACCAACUUCAUGUCCAAUGUGGAGUUCUUCUCAAGAUACAAGAGAGAAGGAGGUAUAUACGGCAUGUCUGGCACACUAGGUCUAGACAAACACAGCAACACAACCGCCAUCCUUAAGGAGCUGUACAACACUGAGGUGGGCAGUAUUCCAACUUUCAAACUUCGAAAACUCUUUGAAGAACCCUCCGUGAUUGUAGAGAGCCAUGAACAAUGGUUUAAGAUGAUUGUUGACACUGUCAGAGAGGAAAGCCAAGAGGCUGCAUCCUGGAAGAAGGGAAGGGCCUCACUCAUUCUCUGUGAAGACAUUAGAACUGCCGAAGACUUGAAGACCUAUUUCGUGGAGACGGAGCACUGGCCAGAGGACAAAGUAUACCUGUACGCUCACAGCAACUCCAAACAACUCUCCACCAUCAAGAAAAAGCUUAGUCCAGGUGAAAUCAUUAUCGCCACUAACCUUGCCGGUAGAGGUACCAACGUAAAAGUGACAGACGAUGUCAAUGAAAGUGGCGGUCUGCUCUGUCUAGUAACGUUCUUGGCUCGAAACAGAAGGGUGGAGUUACAAGCCUUUGGUCGAACAGCCCGUGGGGGAAAGCCCGGAUCUGUUCGUUGUAUUCUUAACUAUGCUGCAAUGCCAGAACAUUACUAUGGGAUGAAUAUCGAGGAGAUCAGAAAGAUGAGAGCUGAAGAGGAAUCGAUUCGUCUGAGAGAUAUGCUGGAUCAUGAUGUAAAAGAGGUUGAAACCAGAGAAAAACUGUUCAAAGAAUAUUGUCGAUUCCUGGGACAUGUAUAUACUGCAAUGAGCAGUGAAAGCGAUGAUCAAAAAAUCAUGAUUGACUCGUACAACGAAACUUGGGCUCAGUGGCUGUUGAUGAGGAGCGAUAAAGUGGAAAGGCUAUUGACCGAAAACCUACUUUGUGAGCUCAUGACGACCACCAGAUAUUGGAACCAAGCUAUUAUUUCAAACCUUCACGAUAAGUCUCUCUUUGCCAAAUGGCAAGCUAAGAUGCAAAAAGGCGAGCUACCUGAUUGGAGCCCAUUACUUAAAAUCCGCCCUAACCUGGCUGUUGCAAAUAUUUAUGCUGUUGCAAAUUUCUAUCACUGCAUCCAAUUCGGAAACCAGAUUCUCACCAAAGAAGAAGAUGAAAAAGCUUAUCUUUCACUUCGCUAUUACGAUAAGAGCAUUGAGUUAGAGCCACGAUAUUCUACCAUUGCUCACUACAAUCGUGCUUACGCUACCAUAAUUUCAGAGAGAGACGAUAAUAAAAAGAAGGCCAGGGCGGACAUUCAAGCUGCUAUUGAGGGCAUAGACCUGUACAUUGGUGAGGUAUCUUCAGUGUCUCAGUGUGUGGCCAUUGUUGGACAGACAAAAGUGUUUGAAGAAAGAGAAGCUGAUGAUUACGGUGAGGAGGCAGAAACAGCCGACUUUAAUGCUCAGAUCCAAGCUCGAUUUGAGAUACUUCAUUUCCUACGAGAAAAAAUGCUAGAAGCCAUUCAGAAAAUCGACUCCAUCAGUGGAGACAUCAUUGCCAAGCCUGUUGGUAUUUUUUCUCUCCUUCCGGACGCAGACCACAUCACUUCUUUGGAGUUAACCAGAAUGUGGGCACUCGGGCUCGAGAUUGUGUACACGAUUGAAAAGAAGCCUCGUUUCUUUUGGGAGGCACUAAUUGUAUUCAUAUUGGGUGUGGCUGAGAUUGUGGGUGGCGUGCUUCUGACAGUGUUCACUGCAGGGGCUGCAGCACAGUUUGGAAUGGGUCUCAUUGCAGAAGGUAUCUCUGACUGCAUUGCUGGUAUUGAGGGUAUGAUAACCGGCGAAUUCAGUUGGGCAGAUUGGGCCAUCUCUAAGGCAACUAGCAUUGCUCUGUCCCUCGUAACAGGAGGUGUGAGCCGUCUCGCUUCCUCUGGACUCAAAGCUAUCAAGUCUGGUUACAAGGCUGCUAAGCAAGCUGGAAAAACACUCAAGUCCAUUCCCAAGAUGGUGAGCAGUACUACUAAGAAUGCUGCUAAAGCAAAUCUAAAAACUGCUGCCAAGCAUGUAGCAAAGGAAGCUGUCAUGCAAGGAAUCUCGUAUGGGACUUCUAAAGUUUUGAACAUAGCUGUCGAUGAAGUUACUAAGCUAAUUGGAGAAAACUUGAAGAAGCAAUUUGUUGGAAUAAUCCGUACGUCCUUCACUUCUGGCUACCUGGAACAGGUGGUCGAUGGCAGAUUCAUUGCUGAGUUGAAUGUAUACUACGAACAACAAUCAGACGUUCCAGCGUACAUGUUGACCAGUGGCAAGAAUAUCUUUGACAAUGUAGGAGAAAGUGUCACCAAUACAUUCAAUACCAACUCUGAAUUAAAAGAGCGACUAGCUACAACAUCCAUGGAUCUAUUCGCACAGCUUUCAGAGAAAAGUAAAAAGUUGAAAGGGAUUGCUAACUUUGCGCAAUCCGCCAUAGUUAUGGCAAUAGUGGCUGACACAGUGGCAAGCUUGGAGUUCCUGGUGGAAGAAUUCCCCACAAAAAUGGAAGACGUUACCAGGGAAUUCAUCAGAGAUCAGAAGAUCAUUAUGUCCAGCAAAUCUGCGUAUCGGUACAGAGGCUACAGGUGUGCCACAAAACUCAAGAACGAUCUUGCUGAUCACGUUGGUGAUGUCUUUGCCGAGGCAGUCGCAAUUCUUUUGCAGGGGAAACUGAGUCCACUUGUCAGCUCAGUGUCCAACAGAUUCAACAGCCUGACCCAAUCCGUUGUAGGGAACUAUGUGCUCAAGGCAGACAAAACAAUGGAAGAUUUAAAGAGUAUUCAACAUGCCAAUUAUAUACGUGCAGUUGGUGUUGAUACUGGUUCUGGACGUGUCAGCAACAUAAGAGUGGCCAAGGUCUAUGCCAAGAAGAUAGCCAGCUCGGACACUCCUGGAUCUCUAAUGGAGCUGAGAGUAGCUGCCGAACACUACGGCCAGAAGGUUACCAUCUUCACUGAAAAAAAUGGCAAGCUCAUCAAAGAUACUGUCAUUAAUCCGUCCAACAAGAAGACACAAGAUGAAAUUAAGUUGGUGUAUAUCCCCCCACCUAAUCCUAAUUCAGUUGGCCAUUAUGACGUUUUGAUCAAUGGAGUUCGUAAGAGAGUUGAAGCUGACCAGAGCAACUGUCUGUUCCACGCGUAUGCUUUCUCUCGAAAACCCGACCUCACACGCUCACAACUCAAACAAGAGGCUGUGUGGUUGAGACAGACGGUUGUUGAUGAUAUUACUAAUAAUCCCAGUAAGUUUGCAGAGCAUAUCAGGCUCAGAGUUGAUAUGGACAAUCUCCGCAGAGGAAAUCGAUUUGCCCUGAUUGGAGCCGGACCACGUGAUGCAGGGACUAAGAUCCUGGAUGGUUUCUACAAGCAAGAGGUGAAAGGAGAUAAGAUUUACACUAUGUAUGAGCAGGCAAAUGGUGUCAAGUGCAAGGCCUGGAGAAAGUACAACAAAAAUCUCACUGUCGACGCUAAUGGUGUUGUUCAAGAAGCAGAUGCUCGACUGACAGAUUUCGAAGUUACGAUGGAUAAUCUCAACCUAGCAACUGCCGCUGGAAAGCGAUGCUGGGAUACUAAGUCAGUGGUGGGCAUGAUAAAACGUCCUGGUGGAAAUCCUAAGGAUACUGAAGUAUCAUACCACUUGUGUCCUAGCCGAGGGGGAGCUAACGCAGGAGACCUGUAUGCUAACGCUGUACCUGCAAGCGUACAUUACAACAAUCUUGAGAAGUACAUAUGGUCCAAACCAAUGCAAAAGAUACUGGGCAGUAAUAACUUCUCAAUGACAGUGAAAGGAUAUUGUGGAAAAUUAGGUGAACGACUGUAUGAGGGAAAACGAGAUAUCGACGCUCCAACAAAAGAUUUGCUAUCUAAGAGGUAUGCCUUGAUUGAAAAGGCUGAGCCAAGGGCGUACAGACUGCAAAAUCCGUCAAGUUUCAUUGUCAAAAUACCUCCUACAGUUACUUUAACUGCGAAAGACAUCGCUGAAAUACGUGAUGCUACAUUUGAGAAAGAUACGGAUAUUGGAGCCGACGCUAACCUUGCUGAUCGAACAGUAACCAUUAUCAUGCCUACGGAUAACGAGCUGUUCAUACCUACUGACCUAACCUUGUUGCAGCCCAAUGGAGAGUUAUAUCCAGGUGAGCUGACCACAGCAAAGAUGAAGCAGCCAAAGCUGAGAGUUAAUAGGUCAUCACCGUACCAGGUCCCGGCCACGGCCCCCGGAAAAUCGGCACUAGACAAGUUUCAUUUUGCAAAUGAGUUUGCCCGGUUUGCUGUUUGAAGAAUUCUUAACAAUGAAAAAAAAACUAUUGUACCUAUAAUUUAUAUAGCUAGAUCUAUAUAGCUAGUUGUAGUUGUAGUCUUAUAUCUAGCGUAGGGAGAGCAGUUUCAGACUUUAGAAAACUUGUUUGAGUUAUAGCAACGUUUUUGUUUUGUAGAAGUUUAACCUAUAAGCUUAGUGAUAGUUUUGUCAGACUGAGUAGACACGUAUAUAUAGAUCUUUAUGCUGAAUAUAUAAUUAUGUAGAGAGAUCUCAUGGUAUAGCUAUAUAUGGGGAGAAUCAUUGCAGUGCAUGACUGUAUUUAUAGGGCUAGCUAUUGUUAUAGACAUUAUUACCAAAUGCAUGUAUUAUUAUAAUUAUGGUUGACAUGUACAUUUCAUUCAAAGAG